ACCUUAUCCCCCUAUAGAGCAGGUUGGCCUUCAACCCAGAAUGCUACAUUAGCAUCUGCAUGCAUUCAAAUGGUUUUGGUGCAAUUAAUAUAUAAAGACACACACUCUCGAUGAAGCCAAAAAAACGGUUCCAUCGAAUCCCCGAGGAUAAGAUCAAACACUAAAAUUUGUUCUUUAUAAUAAUUUUACUGCCCCAAAGAAGUUACCUUUCAACUUCAAUUCUUUCCCUUUCCGUAUAUAUAAUCCUCUCAUAACCUCUUCAAACUACCACCCCCCUCAUUGCAGCAGUUUUUGAGUUUCCUUACAUUCUUAAAGAAACCACUCGUUGUUCUUUAGGAUAUUUCUCUUUUCAUUUUCCUCUUUUCUUCAAAUCCCAAAGGAUAUUUGUCUCUAAUAUCCAACCUUCAAGAUCAUGGAUGUUGCGCAUUUCAUUUUCGGGAUAUUUGGGAAUGCUUCUGGUUUGUUCCUCUUCUUGGCCCCAAUAGUGACAUUCUGGAGGAUCGUUUCGAACAAAUCCACAGAGAAGUUCUCGGGGGUUCCUUACCCUAUGACACUUCUCAAUUGUCUCCUUUCUGCUUGGUAUGGUUUGCCAUUUGUGUCCCCAAACAACUUACUUGUGACAAUUAUCAAUGGCACAGGAGCAGGAAUUGAAAUCAUAUACGUCUUUAUAUUCAUCUACUUCGCACCAAAGAAAGAGAAGACCAAGAUUAUUGGCCUUUUCUCCUUCGUGGUGGCAGUGUUCUCUGUUGUUGUUCUGGUGUCACUGUUUGCUCUGCAGGGCAAUGCCCGAAAGCUCUUCUGUGGCUUCGCUGCUGCCAUAUUUUCCAUCGUCAUGUAUGGUUCACCCCUCUCAAUUAUGAGGCUAGUGAUAAAAACCAAGAGCGUGGAGUUCAUGCCCUUCUUCCUCUCACUCUUUGUGUUCCUCUGUGGCACAUCUUGGUUCAUCUACGGGCUACUAGGCCGUGACCCAUUUGUGGCUGUACCUAAUGGCGUUGGUUCUGCGUUGGGGACAGCACAACUAAUAUUGUAUUUUAUCUACCGUGACAACAAAAGUGAUCCAAAGAAGAUUCCAAGAACAGAAGAAGAAGCUAUGGAAAUGGGCACCGCUAAUAAAAAUCCCAUAUCCAACUCGAAUGGAAUACAAGAGGGACGCGUCUAGGGACGCGUGUUAGCAUUAAAAAGAACAUGCCGUUAUCUUUGUCUCUGUCUCUUUCUAAGCAUUAAGAGCACAUCUUUAAUUUGGACUAUGCUUACAUCUUUGUUGUUGUUUUUUUUUUUUCUUUUUUCUUUUUAAAAAAUCUGUUGUUGUUGCUAUCAUCUUUGUGACUCUGUUUCCUCCACGAUUUGUAGUUUUUGUUUUUUUUUUCUUUUAGUUAUGAUAGUUGUACUAUAAGUUUUGCCAUAUUGAAACGAGUUUGUGUUGUGUGAA